UUACCACAUAACGCAAAAGACACAAAAUCAUAUCUCAAUGACCAGUUUCCAGGUCUCUCUGAGUGAAACAAUGACCAGUCAAGGAGGAUAUUGGGGUGUUAUCCAAAGAGGAAAUACUCAGGAUGGAGGAUUGGUUAAUAAUCAUCCACCACAAAUUUUUUGUGGAGAAGGGUGUACUAUCUUUAUAGAACCAACUCAAGGAGGAAACACUCAAUGUGGAUCGGGUAAUACCCAGGGAGGCGGAGGCUGGAAUUAUUAUAUCCAAGGACCAAACAAUCAAAAUGGAGGACAUGGUCGACCUCGGAGUUUCCAGGUCUCUCGGAGUGAAACAAUGACCAGUCAAGGAGGAUAUCGGGGUCUUAUCCAAAGAGUAUAUACUCAAGAUGGAGGAUUGGGUAAUAAUCAGAGACUACAAAUGUGGAUCGGGUAAUACCCAGGGAGGGGGAGGCUGGAAUUCUUAUAUAUUCAAGCACCAAACAAUCAAAGUGGAGGACAUGGUCAACCUUGGAGGUAGUAGAGAUAAUUUUCAGGGCGGAAAUACUCAAGGUCAAAAUAUGCAUGUUUCUCGUGUUUAAAUAAUUUCAGUUGGAUGGAAUAACUGAUGUUUUUUUUUUUUUUUUUUCCUCUGUGAAAGGUGAGU